CUCGGUAUGGCGAUCUCAUCCCGACUCUCCACUUGGGAUGGAGGGAACCAUCUGAUUGACGGGUGUCCCUUGACAAGAAGCCGUCGUGGCAGCCAUCCUGUUGUCUAGACGCGAUCUGCCUGGGCGACGUGCAACCUUCGCGACAUCUCAUCGCCCUACCCCGCCCGGCCCGGCCUACUGCCAGCAGUGAAACCUUUACCCACUCCCGGAGACCAGCGCGCAAGCACAGCAGCAGUUGCAGGUGACAGGAGCAUUUGCAGCCCUUGAGGAGCCCGCUGCCCGCUAGUCGUGGCCUCGAGCUGUUACCGUGGAACUGGCGCAUUCAACAGACCCUGCAUAUGCCCACGCUCUUCAUGUUACCGGCAGAAGCAUCCGUCCGAGCCAUCCAACACACGACGCACUGAAGACGCACGCGCACAACCGCCGUCAUGGACCGCCGUCGCACCCCCGGCCUCUCCUCGCUCUCCUCGCGCGGGCUGCAGAACCACCACUACACGUCGCACGGCGCCACGCUCCGAACCCGCAAUGCCGACUCCCUCUCGACCCAGCUCUCCGUCUUCCAGUCGCUCCUCCACAACUUCGCCGUCACACACUCCAAGGACAUUCGUGCCAACCCUGCUUUCCGCGCCGAGUUCGCGCGUAUGUGCUCGGCGCUGAAUAUCGACUUCCUCGCCUCCUCGUACCACCGGGACACUAAAGAUGGCAAGCCAAGUGGCGCUGGCGGGGAGAGCAUCUGGGCACAACUGCUGGGCGGGAGUGUGAAUGACUUCUACUUCAAUCUGGGCGUCCUGAUUGUCGAAGAGUGUCGGGCCACGAGAUCAGAGAACGGCGGGCUCAUCAGCGUCUCGGAUCUCAAAGCACGCAUAUCCAAAUCCCAGCGUAUAGGCGGGAGCAUGGAAGUCAGCGAUGACGACAUCAAGCGCGCCGUAGACUCGCUCGCUCCGCUCGGAUCCUGCUUCUCUAUCAUGAAGAUUGGGCACAGAAGCUUGAUAAGAAGUGUACCCAAAGAGUUGAAUACCGACCAGAGCACGGUACUCGAAGCCAUACAGGUUCUUGGCUACGUCACCGUAUCCAUGUUGCAAUUGAAUCUCAACUGGGAGAGACCUCGGGCCCAUGCUGUGGUCGAGGACCUCAUGGCAGACAGCCUGGUGUGGGUCGACACACAAGCUGGGGAGAACGAGUACUGGAGUCCAGCCUUCCUCACUGCCGCAGGCAUGAGCUCGUAGCAUUCAUAGGCUUGACACCAGAAACGAGCGCACGAGAUAUAGCAUUAUGAUACCUGGUGUUACACACCACAACGUGCAGACGGCUAGAGUGGUAUGUUUGGAGGCAAAUUUAUCAUUACAUAUACAAACUA